UUUGAGUCAUUUCUUUGCCCGGUUCCAAGAUGGCGCUCAUGACCACGCUGGGAAUACAGCGUGAAGCCUUAGUUCUGCCAGCACUCAAGAUGGCUGCCCCCAUCAAGAUGACCGGGGUGUGCCUGAGGGAAAGGGGCAGUAGGAUGGUCUGAGAUGGUCUAGCAUUGGACCAUAUGGAAGUUUCUGGGACUGGGGAGCUGGAUGAUGGGGGGUGCGGCUCGUGAGGGGUAGAGGGAGCAACAGCGUUUUUUCCCAGGCUAACCCCGGCCCCUCCUUGUCCUUUGGACUAAAAUGGGGAACACUCUGGGCCUGGCACCGAUGGGGCCUUUGCCCCGCCGAAGCCCCCGCCGAGAAGAACCUCUGCCCAAUCCUGGGAGCUUCGAUGAGCUGCACCGGCUCUGCAAAGAUGUAUUCCCAGCACAGAUGGAAGGAGUGAAGCUCGUGGUCAACAAGGUUCUGAGCAGCCAUUUCCAGGUGUCUCACACUGUGCACGUGAGUGGCCUGGGCCUGCCGGGCUAUCACCUCCAUGCUGCCUAUGCAGGGGACUGGCAGCUUAGCCCUACUGAGGUCUUCCCCACUGUGGUAGGGGAUAUGGACAGCAGUGGCAGCCUCAACGCCCAGGUCCUGCUUCUGUUGGCAGAGCGGCUCCGAGCUAAGGCUGUCUUCCAGACGCAGCAGGCCAAGUUCCUGACAUGGCAGUUUGAUGGCGAAUAUCGGGGAGAUGAUUACACAGCCACUCUGACCCUAGGAAAUCCUGACCUGAUUGGGGAAUCGGUGAUCAUGGUUGCUCACUUCCUGCAGAGCCUCACUCAUCGGCUGGUGCUAGGCGGAGAGCUAGUUUAUCACCGGCGGCCAGGCGAAGAGGGGGCCAUCCUGACCCUGGCUGGGAAGUACUCGGCUGUACACUGGGUAGCUACAUUGAAUGUGGGAUCAGGUGGGGCCCAUGCAAGUUAUUACCACAGGGCAAAUGAACAGGUUCAGGUUGGAGUGGAGUUUGAGGCAAACACAAGGCUACAAGACACAACCUUCUCCUUUGGUUACCACCUGAGUGUGCCCCAGGCCAACAUGGUGUUUAGAGGCUUGGUGGAUAGUAACUGGUGUGUAGGUGCUGUGCUGGAGAAGAAGAUGCCGCCAUUGCCUGUCACCCUGGCCCUCGGAGCCUUCCUCAAUCACUGGCGCAACAGAUUCCACUGUGGCUUCAGCAUCACUGUGGGCUGAGGUUGUUCCGAGCUGGGCCCACAGCAGCUUGAACCUGAGUCAGGUGCCCUAGGGCCAAACACUAGGCCCCUCUCCAGAGCCUUGCUGGGUGACCUUCAGGUCUCAGGAGCAGAGUGGGGGACAGGGCCACACCCUCCUCAGAACUGGAGCUGCCACAGGGUCAGCUGAUGAGGGAAUGAUUUGAGGCUCCCACUUCUGCCACUGGCCCCAAUAUCCCCUUCUUCAGCCUUGUGGCUCUGGACAACGGGAGAAGGAUUAAGGGGUGUGUCUGACUGACUAUCCCUCCUCACAUCCUUCUCUUUUCCUUUGGAUUAAGGAAAAAAUUCCUUAAUCCUUUGGAUUAGCACCUAGCCCCUCCUCUUCAGAGCAGGAAAGUCUGCAUGGGACUCAGCUCCCCAUCCUGUUUUCCCAUCCCCCAGCCUCCCAAGGCUGAGAAGCUAAAUCUGUGGCCUCAGAAAGUGUCCCCCCAUUCCCAGAAGGAGCAUUACCUCUUUUCCCUGAGGCUUCCUCCUCCAUAUUCUGUGCUUCCAGAAAACAACUUUGUCCCCAUGGUCAACCCCACUACUGCAUGAAGAGGCAACAGUUGCUUUUGUCUUUCAUUGUAAUCACUGAACUCUCUUCCUCCUGGUCCCAAUAUGUUGUCCCAACAAUUUUCCCUUUCCAGUCCAGUGUGGCCCAGGGGGGCUGGGGAAGGAGGCGAGCCCCGCCUCAGCUGCAGAUCUCCUGGAGCAGGGGCAUCAUGGCGAGAAAUCCCUGGAUGCGCUGGACUUGGUGCCAGUAUGUGUUCUGAAUGCUCCGGAGCUCCACCAACAGGCCCAGCAGCUUUGCAUACCGAAACCUUUGGAGGAAGUAUCAGGGAGACAGGAGGGAAAUAAGGCAGCUGGGAGUUCUGUUCUGACGCCCUGAUCUCCUGAACCAUCCCUCAGUGAUAUUAAGUCAGAAGAUUAAAGAAAAUCAACCUCUGGUAUGACAAAUACAUCAAAAAUUCCAAAGGUCCCCAAGAGGGCCUCUGACACUGUCUUCUCUCACCAUGCCCAGCUUUUCCUGAACCCAGAGCUCUGAGGGCCAAGUGUAAAGAAAGCCCCAGACUUGGCCAGAACUUCAUCUGUACAGAAUCUGAGGGUCUGGCCUUCUGGAGCAAGUUCUAGAAAGUGGGCUUGUUGUUCUGUGGUAUAAAGUGUCCCCUUUCUGGAAAACUGACUCAUUCAUUAAGCGAUGAGCAAGACAGAAGUGGUGCAUACCUCAGAACCUAUAUAGAUCAUAGACUAUUGAACCAGGGAUUGGCUUUGGCCAUGAAACUACGAAUGACCAUAACUUCAAAGGAAAUGAAAAAUCCAAGGAAUUGACCAACUAGAGAGGAGAGGAAGGGCCUAGGAAGAAGUGUCUGGAGAUGUUGGAGUGGUGAGGUGAUGGAUGUCAUCAAUCUCAGGAAUGCUGUUAUACCGAGCCUGUGAGCUACCACUUUGCAUCUCUACUGAAUAAAAAAAAAAUCUGGAAAAAGUGA